AUGGAGGCGAUUCAGACCCAUCCCACGAGUGCGGCGCAGGCUAAGGCUUUCACCGCGCCCGGCUCCCUCUCGUUCCCCGGCGGCGCUCACGAGCUCCCUCCCCAGGCGAACGGCGACAAGGCGGCCGUCAACGGACAAAUUCCUGUGCCCAACGGCCAGCAGCCUGCAAACGGUACCGGGGUGACACCCGCGACACCUGCUGCGACGCCUGCCGCGACACAGGGUGGCAGUGGUUUGACUCCUACGUUGCAGAACAUCGUUGCCACGGUAAACUUGGACUGCCGCUUGGACCUCAAGACGAUCGCCCUGCACGCGAGAAACGCAGAGUACAACCCCAAGCGUUUCGCUGCCGUCAUCAUGCGUAUUCGUGAGCCCAAGACCACUGCCCUGAUCUUCGCUUCCGGCAAGAUGGUCGUCACCGGUGCCAAGUCCGAGGAUGACUCGAAGCUUGCGUCUCGCAAGUACGCCCGUAUCAUCCAGAAGCUCGGCUUCAACGCCAAGUUCACGGACUUCAAGAUCCAGAACAUUGUCGGCUCUUGCGAUAUCAAGUUCCCCAUUCGCUUGGAGGGUCUCGCUUCGCGCCAUCACAACUUCAGUUCUUACGAGCCUGAGCUGUUCCCUGGUCUUAUCUACCGCAUGAUUAAGCCCAAGAUUGUGCUCCUUAUCUUCGUCAGCGGCAAGAUCGUCCUCACCGGUGCCAAGGUGCGAGAGGAGAUUUACCAGGCCUUCGAGAUGAUCUAUCCCGUGCUUCAGGAUUUCCGCAAGGUCUAA